AGGAAGUGCAAAUGCAUAAAUCGCUAGGACAGGCCAGACUGACGGAUUUUGGAAAGGAGCUGAACAGACAUGAUGAUGCAAUCAAAAUGCAUGGCUUGUUCCAAAAACUCUUGAAACCACGUGUAUCUCUAUCAACACAACAUGAACAAGAAGCUAAAGUGACAAAUGUGUCAACAUCAUCUUCAUUUACAUCAUCAUUUUCUUCUUCGUCUUCAUCCUCGUCAUUACCAGAGACAGCUCCUUCUAAACCACCACAGCCACAUUCUGCUCUGAGCUCGCCGCAGAGAUAUAAUCGAAAAUAUGACUUGCUUGUGUGCCACAGUCAUGCUGACACUGAAGUGGCUUAUUGCCUGGUGUCUUUCCUGGAGGCUUCACCUCGCAGUCUUAGGUGUUUUUUAUGGCAGAGGGAUGUCGGCCCAGGAGGUGCAAUCUUCACAGAGUUCUGCCAGGCUGUGCAGGACAGCCACCUACAAGCUCUGCUUAUCACUCCUAACUUCCUGCAGGAAGAUUUGUGCACGUAUAUGAUGCACCAGACUCUAGCAGAAGGCCCUAUGUCCAAUCGACUGAUCCCCUUGGUCUAUAACUUGUCCCACUCCCAGUACCCCCAGGAACUGAAGUUCUAUGUUUACAUUAACCUGAGCAAUAACACUUGCCGAGGCUAUACUCGCAUCAACCAGACUGUGCUCGAUUACCUUGAAGGCUUGGUUAAAAAAGAGGAGACAAAUGAUCGCAACAUGGACAGCUCUAGCAGCAAAUUAAGUAAGACAGAUGAGCUGCUGCCAAAGACACACCAGGCUGAGACUUCACUUUCUCUGGAAUUGAUGCCGAGGAGAGAUGAAAGGUUGAAUGACAUUUGCUGUGAUCAUCAUCAACAGUAACUGGAGAACAUGAUGAAGGGCAACGGGCUCUGAAUGGAAAACCGUUCUGCUAUUGACUGUACUCAACUUUAGUGGUGCUUAUAUCAUGUUAUGUUGUGAUUACAAGGAAAGGUAAGCUACUUGAUCAACACUUGGUGUAUAGGAGAUUUAGAACAGGAACAGAAAAACAUUUUUUCAAGCAGCAUAGAGGAUUAGAAGUAUACUGUGACUGACCUAGUUGUGCAGCAGUUUGCCAUUACAAAAUGGUGUUUAACACGUCAUCGGGAGUUAGGUUCAUAGACUUAGUUUGUAAGCCAUAAUUCAGUUCAAACAGAGCCUAUAAUUUAAGUUUACAGUAAAGGGAACAAAAGCAAUUUAAAUGCAUUUGAUCCUUCUUUUAACAGAGAGAAAUGACAGUAUAGUGGGAUGAAGUUCUGAGAUGCAGAUACCACUAGGUGGUGUACAUUCCUUUACAAGCCAAUUGAGAGUGCUGCACAGGAGAUGUGAGCCAUUAAGAUGUGAUCUGUCAAAUCAGCACUGUGUCCAUUUUCAAAAUUUUAAACCAUUACUAUAAACCAACAACAAUUACAGUAAGCCAUCUUCUUGUGUGUGUGUGUUUACACACACUGUGUUAACUUGGCCUUACUGGUCCCCACCAUGUAAAUCAUUGAAUUUUAAACUGUGGCUUAAUUUAAGGUUAUGUUUAGGUUAAGGUUAAGUUAAGGGUUAGGGUAAAGUUUAAGCAAGUAGUGCUUAUGAUUAAAGCUGGAGUAAGUCUCCAGGAAGUGAAUGUAGGUCAGUGUGAGAGUCAGAGUGAGAAUGAAAGGGAAAUACCCACCCACCACAAACUGCUGACAGUGCACUGGACUUUAAAUGAAGAAAGAAACACAUUUACAUGUCUCUUAAAACCAGCAAGAUAUCAGACCAUUGUCUCUGUUUUGCUGGUACUAUUCCUUACAGACUGGUUUUAGCUCAGCUAGUUGGAACAAUGUCUGAAAAUGUUAAUGUAAACAACAAACCCCUUCGUUUACAUCUAAAGAAAAGCAUUCUGUUUUAAUAUGAUUGAAAAGCCUUGGCAGUACCUGUCAUUGUUAAUCAAGCAUCUUACUGGCAGUGCUUCAUGUCAGAUAGUUGCAGUUUGGACCACUCAAUAUAAAAUAUUGGGUAAUCAUUAAAUUAGUUGGUGCAUUACAUUUUUGUCAUUGUUUUUUUUAUUAUUUUAUGGUUGCUUUUUUCUUUUUACAUAAGGUCCCAUCUGCCUCUGAGAAGUGUGACAUUUUAUCUUUUUUUUAACUUUUGUUAAUGCUCUAUCAUUCUCCCACCUCCUCAUCCCCCCAAACAACAGCAGACCUUCAGGACUACAAUAAAAGACCCUUGAUAAUCACCUCGUUUGUGGCAUGCCAACACUGUAACAUAAUAAUGUAGACUAAUCUCUGAAAGGCACAGAUGUUCUACAAGGCUUUUGUUAUUACCACAACAAAUCCUACCCCCGAUGACACA